AUGAUAUGGAAGAAAUACGCAGGGUUUGCAUUUCUUUACCCUCAUCAUCUUCUAAAAUCUUCUACACUUUCAGUUUUAAGUAAUGCUAUAAAUCCAGUUCCCAUAAAGCUUCAACAUUAUUCUUCUUCGCCUUUGCUUCCAGUCAAUGUCCAAGUCAUUCAUGCCAAGAAAAUCAAAGACGGGUCUGCUCGCGACUUACCUAUCAGUAACUACGUUUUAAAUCUUUACACAAAAAGUAACCAUUUAGCCUCUGCACAGAAGCUGUUUGAUGAAAUUACUCAAAAAGAUGUUCGAACGUGGACGAUACUCAUAUCGGGUUUUUCUCAAUUUGGGUUUAACGGAAAUGCAUUAUCGUUGUUCAUUAAGAUGCGAAAAGAGGGUAUUGUUAUUCCUAAUGAGUUCACUUUAUCUAGUGUUUUCAAGUGUUGUUAUAGUGUUAGUAACGGGCUUAGAUUAGGAAAGUCCAUACAUGGCUGGAUUGUCGUUACUGCUGCAGUUGAUUUGGAUGUUGCUUUGGAGAAUGCUAUACUUGAUCUUUAUGUUAAAUGUGAGUCUUUGGAUUAUGCUAAACGCUUCUUUGAACAGAUGAGUGAUAAAAACGUCGUAUCUUGGAAUAUAAUGCUGGCAGGAUAUCUCGGUACAGAUGAUAUGGAGACAAGUGUCAAACUUUUUAAAAUAAUGCCUGAAAAAGAUGUUUCCAGUUGGAAUACAAUCAUUGAUGGACUUUUGCAACAUGGGUUUCAUAGGGAUGCCCUUAAGCUCCUACGUCAAAUGACCUUAGAUGGGACUUCUUUUAACAAUGUUACGUUUUCUAUAUCAUCAGUGUUGAUGUCUUCGCUUAGAAAUCUUGAAUUAGGAAGGCAAAUCCAUGGUAAAGUGAUGAGGUUGUCAAUGUACAAAGACACGCUUGUAAGGGCCUCGUUAAUUUUUAUGUACAGCAAAUGUGGUCAGAUGGAGAAGGCUUCUAGGAUUUUCCAAGAAUUCCAUCAAGGUAUUGUUGAAGUACAACAUUCACAUUCUGUUCCGUGGAGUACAAUUAUAUCAGGUUAUAUUCACAAUAGCAUGCUGAAAGAUGCUUUACAAGUCUUUAGCUCCAUGGUACGUGAUCAAUUGGAAGUUGAUGUGUUUACACUGUCAAGCAUUCUUAGUGCUUCUGCAAGUAGUGGGCUUUUGGAACUUGGCUGGCAGAUUCAUGGCUAUGUCCAAAAGCUUGGACACAUAUGUGACAUAUUUUUUAUUUCAGCAAUUAUUGACAUGUAUGCCAAAUGUGGAAAGUUAGAUUCUGCUCUGUUGUUUUUUGAGCAAACCCAAACUCGGAAUAUUGUGGUAUGGACAACUAUGAUAAACAGUUAUGCUAUACAUGGAAAAGGAUCUGAUGCUGUUCAGCUAUUUGAGCUUAUGCUGAAUCAGAGGAUUGCACCAAAUGAAGUAAGUUUCAUUAGUGUCUUAACUGCGUGUGGUCAUGCAGGUUUGGUGAAAGAAGGAUGCAAGUAUUUUAGGUUGAUGAAACAAGUUUAUGGCAUCAAGCCUGGUGUUGAACAUUUCUCUUGUAUGGUUGAUCUUUUUGGCCGAGCAGGUUGUUUAGAUGAGGCUUAUGAUUUCAUUCAUGAGAAGGGCAUCUCUAACAUGUCUGAAGUUUGGAAGGUACUCUUAUCUUCUUGCUUGGUGCACAAAAAUGUAAAGAUGGCAAGACAUGUUUCUGAGAAAUUGCUACAACUUCUGCCAAGUGAACACAGUCCUUACAUUCUGUUGUCAAAUACUUGUUCAGAGCAUGAAAAUUGGGAUGAAGCAUCAAAAUUAAGGGGUUUGAUGCAGGAAAGGAAAGUUAUAAAACAUCCGGGUCAAUCAUGGACUUAG